UUUCCAUUUCCCAAUCCCUCUCUUUAAAACCACCUCUUUCACCACUUCUCAUCAACAAAACCCUCAAUUCCCUUCAUUACCCCUUUUAUGGAACCCCCUCACCUCUCCAACUUCACUUCCCAUCAUCUGAUCCAACUCUCCUCCAUGGAUGACCACCGCGUCCACGACCUCGACCUCGACUCCAUUUGGCCCGCCUCGUUCUUGCCUCUUCAACCCCACGAUCCCCGCCAGCAGCAACUCCCUUCUCCUUCUUCCUCCACCCACCUGCUGAUAGGUGAUGAUGAGGAAGAGCCCGAAGAAGAGCUCGGGGUCAUGAAGGAGAUGAUGUACAAGAUCGCGGCGAUGCAACCGGUGGACAUUGACCCUUCGACCAUUCGGAAGCCGAAGCGGCGGAACGUUCGGAUUAGCGAUGACCCGCAGAGCAUUGCCGCCCGUCUCCGGCGAGAGAGGAUCAGCGAGAAGAUCAGAGUUCUUCAGCGGCUUGUGCCCGGUGGUACUAAGAUGGACACAGCUUCCAUGUUAGAUGAAGCCAUUCGCUAUGUCAAGUUCUUGAAGAGACAAAUCCGGUUGCUGCAGGUCAGUCAGCCGCAACAGCCGGGCACCGGCGGUGGCGCCGCCGCCGGAGGGUGGCCGUUUACAUUCGAUAAGGCUAACGGUUCAACCUCCUCAUCCACUUCCUUGGAAGCUCCUGCCAUUACACCGUCGGGAUGGUGAGAAUUAAUUAUAUGUAAUUAGUU